CCUUCGACCUCCUCCCCUUCUAUUUAGUCUGUGACAGCCUGAACAGCGCCAUGUAUCGCUCUCUGAGAAACGUUCAGCGAUUAAGUAGCAACCUCUCAGCAUUGCACAGGAACGUAUUUAACAAAUCUUACUGUCCUACUGCCCGCACAAUCCUCGCUUCGUCAAGAAUGGCAAGUUCUGAGUCAUACCGAAUUGAGCGAGACACUUUUGGAGAGCUGAAAGUGCCAAGUGACAAAUACUAUGGAGCUCAGACUGUCAGGUCUACUAUGAACUUCAAGAUUGGUGGAGUGACAGAGCGAAUGCCAAUUCAGGUCAUCAAGGCCUUCGGCAUCCUGAAGAGAGCUGCUGCAGAAGUGAACAAGGACUAUGGCUUGGACCCCAAGAUUGCCGGUGCCAUCGUCAAGGCGGCCGAUGAGGUCACUGCUGGGAAGCUGGAUGAGCACUUUCCUCUGGUGGUGUGGCAGACAGGCUCUGGGACCCAGACCAACAUGAAUGUGAAUGAAGUCAUCAGCAACCGAGCGAUCGAGAUACUGGGAGGGAAGCUGGGGAGCAAGGACCCUGUGCAUCCCAAUGACCACGUCAAUAAAAGCCAGAGCUCCAACGACACGUUCCCCACUGCCAUGCACAUCGCCGCCGCCAAGGAGGCCCACGAAGUUCUGCUGCCCGGGCUGCAGGCUCUCCACGACGCGCUGGCAGCCAAAGCUGUGGAGUUUAAAGACAUCAUUAAAAUUGGACGCACCCACACUCAGGAUGCUGUACCCCUCUCACUCGGCCAGGAGUUCAGUGGCUACGUGCAGCAGGUGAAAUAUGCCAUUGAAAGGAUUAAAUCUGCCAUGCCCAGAGUGUAUGAGCUGGCAGCAGGUGGCACGGCAGUAGGCACUGGCCUGAACACUCGCAUUGGGUUUGCUGAGAAGGUGGCAGAAAGAGUUUCAGCUCUUACAGGGUUGCCAUUUGUGACUGCGCCCAAUAAGUUUGAGGCACUGGCAGCCCAUGAUGCACUGGUGGAACUCAGCGGGGCGAUGAACACUGUGGCCUGCAGUCUGAUGAAGAUCGCCAACGAUAUUCGCUUCCUGGGUUCUGGACCUCGGUCUGGGCUGGGGGAGCUCAUCCUCCCUGAAAACGAACCUGGCAGCAGUAUUAUGCCAGGAAAAGUGAACCCAACACAGUGUGAGGCCAUGACAAUGGUAGCAGCUCAGGUGAUGGGAAACCAUGUUGCAGUUACGAUAGGAGGCAGCAAUGGGCACUUUGAGCUGAAUGUUUUCAAACCUAUGAUGAUUAAAAAUAUGCUGAACUCUGCAAAGCUGCUGGGAGAUGCCUCUGUCUCCUUCACCGAGAAUUGUGUUGUGGGGAUUCAGGCAAACACGGAGAGGAUCAACAAGCUGAUGAGCGAGUCCCUGAUGUUGGUGACGGCACUGAAUCCACACAUUGGAUAUGACAAAGCUGCUGCCAUUGCCAAGACUGCUCAUAAGGAAGGAUCAACACUAAAAGAAGCUGCUAUCAAGCUUGGGUACCUUUCAUCUGAACAAUUUGAUCAGUGGGUCAAGCCCCAGGACAUGUUGGGCCCUAAGUAGUUAUAGUCCAAAAUAAAAUAUUGUAAUCAUCUUUGUACAAUAAAAUCUUUUUGCCAGAAAUUAA